UCGGGCUUGGAGGUUUGAAUAGGGAAGUUCGCAGAGCGCAGUUGUUGCCCAGCCAGUCCGAUGCCGUGUGCGCAAAUACCUUCAACUGAACGCCGGAACACAGCGAAGACGGCGGGGGGACGGGACGGAAGGAGGCUUGCUUGAAAAACGCAGCAGGCGGGAGGGAGACGCUCUUCCACUCCACGCGGUUCUCUUUGGGGCCCCAUUUUUUUUUCCCUUCUCCUUUUUCGCAGAUUUUCACCGAGCAGCUGGAACAAAAUGGAUGUUCUACCCAUGUGCAGCAUCUUCCAGGAACUUCAGAUAGUUCACGACACGGGCUAUUUCUCCGCCUUACCGUCACUGGAGGAGUACUGGCAGCAGACCUGCUUGGAGUUCGAGCGCUACCUGCAGAGCGAGCCCUACGUCUCCACCUCCGACCUGAAGUUCGACAGCCAGGAGGACCUCUGGAGCAAGUUGAUCUUGGCCUGCGGGGAGAACGCCGACCCCAAGCUGCCCCCAGCGGCCCACGAGGAGGACAAUCACGACAGCCCCAUUUUCGACGCCAACAGCGUGAACUCGGACGCCAGCAGCGAAGCGUCGGACAGUUCCGAGGAGCUCUCGCCCACGCACAGCUUUACCUCCAACCCCCUCGGCUCGGCCUUGGUAGGCUCUGGACCUUUCAGCCCGUCCGUCAUCAGCACCCCGCCGUCCUCGCCGGAGGCCACCUCGGAGUCUGGCGGCGUGGUGAGCGGCUGGGUGGGCUCGCACGGCGACUUGCACUUGCCGGCCAAAAUCAGGAGCGGCGGCGGCGGCAACGGCGUGUCGAAGAGUUCGGAAAAGACGGGAAUGCCUUGCGGGGACGUUUCUCCAGACGGCAGGAGGAGAAUACACCGGUGUCAGUUCAACGGCUGUCGCAAGGUCUACACCAAGAGCUCCCACCUAAAAGCACACCAGCGCACUCAUACAGGUGAGAAACCGUACAGGUGUUCAUGGGAAGGCUGCGAGUGGCGUUUUGCACGGAGCGACGAGUUGACCAGACACUUCAGGAAGCACACCGGGGCCAAGCCAUUCAAAUGCAGUCACUGCGACAGAUGUUUCUCCAGGUCCGACCAUCUGGCUCUUCACAUGAAGAGGCACAUCUGAGCACCAAAACCAGGGCAACGCAGCGGAAGGCAAAAGUUUUUUUCUUUUUCGGUUGUUGUUUUUUGUAAAAGGGGGGUUGGGGAAGGGGGGGACAAAAAAAAAGGGCUGCUCCGACCUUGGUCUGGUGGUUGACCUUGUCCCAGAGAGCAGAGUGCGUUUCAGCCAAAGCAUGCUGUUUUGCACCGUACUGGAAGCCAGGACCUCUCUGGAGGGGAGGGGAGGGGCGCCCUGAAGGUGGACAAAGUCAUCAAGGAGAGGGAGCCAGCGGUUUUUUGAGGUGGAACAAAAGAAGAAGAAGAAGAAGGACUGAGUGGUUUUGUGAGCGUGGUGCAUGAUGUUGUGGGACAGCAGAUACACUGGUACUUGGCAAAAACUUAUCUGAGGUGAGCGCCAACGCACUGUGAAUGUCAAGCCCCGCCUCCUUCCCGAAAGAACACUCUGGAAGGAAAGAGGAGGGAUAGCGGGAUGUCCCGAGGGGGGGCGGGCACCGUGGACUGAGUGGGCUUUUCUCGGGGAGGUGUUCCUGCCAUGUCUCCCCAGUGCCAGUUUGUCUGGCACCCGGACUCUAGGGUGGAGGACCCCCCCACCCCCCUCCCCAAUGUUUGAGAGCAAAGAAAAUCACAUCAACCCCCCCCCCCCCCCCCCCCCACAGUCACUGUAUGAGAGGAGUUACUUUUUGUUUUGGUGCAGCUACUAAAUGUGCAAUGUGUUCUUAUUUUUUGUACCAGCUCCAAAGCGUCCUUUUGUAGUCCAGGCGUGCUCGGGAGGCGGACUGGACUAUAACGUCAGUAUCAUAGACAGGUGUUGCAUGGUCCUAGGGGUUCUACGUUUCCACUUUCCACUAUAAUCAGGACUGCAGAUACUUUGAAGAGAAGUGCAGCUAAAAGAUGUUACAAUGUUGUACAUAAAGCCUCGAUUUUCUUUGGGGGGGGUUUUUGGAACCGAUUCCUCCGCAUUCCUGUGCUCAUUUCACCACUGCUUGCUCUUCCUCAUCCGUCUUAUGCCUUGGGGUGGCCAUUUUUUCUACUUUGUGUCUAUCUAAUAAUGCACUGUUGACCUGAAUGGUGCCUUAUGCAAAGGGCGGCGGGUCGCUCCCCUCGGUCGUUUGGGCGAUCUCCACACGCUGGAUCAAGGCUCAAUUACACACCUUUUGUUGCUCUAAAAGGUUCAUUAAGUCUUCUUAUUCAGAUACUCUUUCAAAUGUUCUUGGAAUCAGACAAUAUCUUGGGUAUAUUAGAGUCUUCUUCUCUAUGAACAGGCCAACCUCAGAACAGAAGACAUGCACUCACCUGGGCCAUGAAAAAAGGGGAACAACAAGGAAAAGAGAACAAAGACAAACCUGAAAUAAAGAACAAAAGAGGUCAUAACCUUAGCAUACAUUAGCGGAGUAACUGAACCAAUACAGCGGGUCAUGAAAUAAACACAAGAGUUAAACCUCACACAAAAACAAGACAGUUACCGUAAUUUCCGGACUAUAAGCCGCACCUGACUAUAAGCCGCACCAGCUAAAUUUAGGGGAAAAUACAGAUUGCUCCAUAUAUAAGCCGCACCCGACUAUAAGCCGCAGGGUUUUGAUGUGUAAUUAGCGUAGUAUAUAGGGGUUCCUGCUACCACGGAGGGGAUUGUCGGGACAGAGAUGACUGUUUGGGAACGCAAAGCGUCCCAUUUAUUAACAAUAAAUCUUUCAAUCAUUCAAUCAAACUUUCACAUCUUUGACAUGGCGAACAGCAUUCGUGCAGAGUACAAAUAAUACAACGCUGCAAAGUAAUACAAAGUGCUCGCCUGUACGUUAUCAAAAUAACCAGCCUACCGGUAUAUGAAAAGUCAGUCUUUAAUCAUUGUGUCAUCGUCUUCCUCCUGCGUACUAAAACCACCCAAAUCGUCUUCGUCGUGUCGGAGAAGAACAGGCCGUAUAUAAGCCGCACCCUUGUAUAAGCCGCAGGGACCAGAACGAGGGGAAAAAGUAGCGGCUUAUAGUCCGGAAAUUACGGUACUUGUACAUCCAAAAGACAAAAUAGAACAAGACAAGAAAUGCAACGUCAUUUACGAAAUGCGAGAAAGAGACAACUGGAAGGUUUACAAGAAGCCUAAAACAAAAAACCCACCAGGAAAUCUUAAAAUCAGCCAUAUCAGAUCAUUGCAAAAAUAAAUAAUCAAUCAAUCAAUGUUUAUUUAUAUAGCCCUAAAUCACAAGUGUCUCAAAGGGCUGCACAAGCCACAACGACAUCCUCGGUACAGAGCCCACAUACGGGCAAGGAAAACUUACCCCAGUGGGACGUCAAUGUGAAUGACUAUGAGAAACCUUGGAGAGGACCGCAUAUGUGGGUAACCCCCCCCUCCCCCCCUUAUCAUGGACCCGGACAACGGCAAAAAUCACCGGCACAGAAAGUAACACAUUCAAACGAUGGAUUAAGGAGGUGUUUGAACUAAGGAAGCGGCCCAAGGAAAGCAUCAAUGGGGAUGAGGGAGCGUACCUGGGACUCUCCGCCUCCAUUAACUGAACCAAUACAGCGGGUCAUAAAAAAACACAAGAGUUAAACCUCACACCAAAACAAGACGGUUAUUUGUACACCCAGAAGACAAAAUAGAACAAGACAAGACAUUCAAUGUCAUUUACGGAAUCCCGUGUGAAUCAUGCAAGAAAUCCUACAUGGGAGAAACAGGGAGGACAUCAGAAAGAAUGUAAGAAAGAGACAACUGGAAGGUUUACCUAGUAGGUUAACCUACUCAGUGGCCUAGUGGUUAGAGUGUCCGCCCUGAGAUGGCUAGGUCGUGAGUUCCAACCCCGGCCGAGUCAUACCAAAGACUAUAAAAAUGGGAGCCAUUACCUCCCAGCUUGGCACUCAGCAUCAAGGCUUGGAAUUGGGGGUUAAAUCACCAAAAUGGUGAACAUUUCACCAUUCCUAGUGUGUGUGUGUGAUAAUCAUUGGUACUUAAUUCAUUACAAGAAGCCUACAACCACGUCAUGGACCGAGACAACGGCAAAAUCAUCGGCACAGAAAGUAACACAUUAAGGAGGCCUUUGAACUAAGGAAGCGGAACAAAGAAACCAUCAAUCCCUCCUCCGUUAACCAUCAGGUAGACUUGACAGGUGUGCCUGGUUGGCCACGCCUAUAAGAACAGCUGAUAGGCAACACAUCAAAGUGGUCAUGUGACCCUAUGUCAGGUAAAAAUUAUAUUUAAUAUACCGGAAAUAAUGUCUGAUUACAAGAACAUUUAAAGGAGUUGUUUUGUUUCAGCUCCAAUUGUGUACAUAGAUGAAAUGUUGUAUGUUUCGAGCACUUAUUGUUUUUGUUAUUAAAGAUGCUAACUACUGUGUAGUAUGUACUGAUGUCCAUCAAACACAGCUUAAAAGGUACAUUUUUUGGGGGGGAGGGGGGUGGUCGUCCUCUUUAGCUGCGAGGGGCUAAAGAUGGAUUGUCGCUAACAGGCUAGCGCCUGGCGGUAAUGAAUGGCUGAAGGCUUGUGUUGGCGUUCCCCAGACUGCUGACUGCGGAGGUUGCGUGUUGGUAUUGACCCGUCUGGGGAGCGUGGCGUUUAGCCGCCAGUGUGGGGACGUCUCCACGAGACCGGGAGGGUGGAAAGGAAAGACUUGGAGGCACGGUUCCGUUCAAGUGGUAAUUGAGCCUUGAGAAAGCAGUUUGCUCGCAUCUUUUCCACUCGCCGCCAUCUUUCAUGCCACUAUUCCAACUCUUCUGUCUCCCACACACACACACACACACACACACACACACCGCUUUGGUCUCCACCCCAUCUUUGUAUGAAAAUAAAAGGAAAAAAAACACAACUUUUGUAAAAUUAUGUUUAUGCUUUAUGAAAUUUUUAUUUGGAAUUGUUUUGCAAAAUUGUUAUAUUUCUGUAUGAAUGUAUUUUUUAUUGGAAUAAUAAGAACUUCUUAUCUGA